AUGUUCACCCAGCUCGUCAAGCUGUACCACCCUGAUCUGUCUGGCGCAGAUUCAAGGGCCAGCAACAUUCCUGAGCUGGUGCGUCUAGAACGAUACCGGCUCGUCAUCGCGGCUCAUAACCUGCUUAGCGACCCGCGCAGUCGUCGAUUGUACGAAUCGAGUAAUCAAGACUGGUGCAGCCCUAAGAAUUCGUGGAACAGCGAGGCAUGUCACCAUUCCAGGUCGCAUUCUCAAGGCCACGAGACACAGUCCUCCUCUUCUCCGAGUCCCAUGCGUCAACGGCCCAUAUAUACGUCGAAUGUCACCUUUGCCAUGUUGUUAUUCGCUCUGAGCAUGCUCGGGGCGGCUUUACAGAUGAAGAGACUAGCUUCCAGUCGGCGUGAUGGUAAGACGCUGGAAGUAUUUCUGCAGGAAGCUAUUCAGGAGGAAGUUCAGGCUUGGGCGUCCGUGUUGCAGGGCCAGUCGAAGGAUGACCGCAUUCUUGCGUUUCUUGCUCGACGGCAUGGUGUGCCUCAUCAGCUACAGAGUUGGGUUACAGCUCAUGGCUGCCAGAGCUGA